AAUUUCUUCUUUUCCAAAAACCCAUCAGUUCACACACACACAAAUUCUUAUCUAAGUACAGCCUGAAAAUCAGCACGAGAAUGCCAGGGUUGUGGAUGAGUCGAGCUGCUGUUUGUGUUCGUGCUUGUGUCCGUGUUCAUUCGCCAACUGUGCAGUACAAGAAGAGUGCAAGUUUUAUAGAGGGUCGAGAGAAAUCCGAUGCUUCAAGUGAAGUUAUUAAUGAACCAAAUUUCAACAAUUAUUUGUCGAAAUUGGAAUCUGAAUGUGGGAAUAGAGUGAUGGUGGUGAUCGAUUCGAGCCCGGAAUCUAAAGGUGCUCUAGAAUGGGCACUCUCUCAUACUGUUCAAGCACAGGAUACAAUUAUUCUCCUGCAUGUUGCCAAACAAGAUGAAAAUUAUAAUGGAGAAAUUAAUCAAAGGGCAUACGAACUUCUUCAUUCCAUGAAUAAUGUAUGUCAGUUAAGAAGACCUGAGGUGCACGUGGAGAUGGCAAUUCGAGAAGGAAAGGAAAAGGGAGAAAUAAUAGUUGAAGAAGCUAAGCAAAGACAGGUUCUAUUACUGGUUUUGGGACAGCGAAAACGCUCGAUAAUAUGGAGAUUACAGAGGUUUUUGUCCGCAGAAUUAAAGAAGAAAAAUAGGAUCGUAGAUUAUUGCAUUCAAAAUGCUAAUUGCAUGACAAUUGCAGUGAGAAGGAAGAGCAAGAAAUAUGGAGGAUAUUUGAUUACUACUAAAAGUCACAAAAAAUUCUGGCUUUUGGCUUGAUUUUCACUUUGUUUUAAUCUUAUAAUGGAAUUAUAAAUGUGGCUAUAAAGUUCAUGUAUGUAAUUCAAGUUUUCAUGAUUGUACCUAUUGAUUUGGGGGUAUAUAUAUGUAAACCAAAUGAACAAAUCUUUGGAUAAUUAGGAGUAUAAAAAAUUUGGAAUUUUGAUACUCA